AAUGGAGGCAGAGAAGCCUCGCGAGAGCAGAGCACGCUGCUAGGUGUAGACAGUGUGAGGCCGGAGUGCGUGGGAGACAUGCCGGGCGAGCAGCAGGAGGAGCCGCAGCGGGAGCCGGAGCUCUCCCACCGGCACAUACGGUUUGUAGACGGCAGCGGAAGCAGCAAUGAGGCGGACAAGGAGAGCGAAAGCAGCUGCAGUCCUGACGUGGAUGUGCCCGAAGAGCAGCAGCAGCUGGUGGGACCUCAGCUCAAGCUGCUGCCCAUGAAUGACCAGAUCCGGGAACUGCAGACCAUCAUCCGGGACAGGACCACAAGUCGAGGAGAUUUUGUGUUUUCGGCUGAUCGCUUGAUACGGCUGGUGGUUGAGGAAGGUCUGAAUCAGCUGCCAUAUACAGAAUGCACGGUUACUACACCUACUGGUUACAAGUAUGAGGGGGUGAAGUUCGAGAAAGGGAACUGUGGAGUGAGCAUUAUGAGAAGUGGUGAGGCCAUGGAACAAGGUCUACGUGAUUGCUGUCGCUCUAUCCGAAUUGGGAAGAUCCUAAUCCAGAGCGAUGAGGAAACACAACGUGCCAAAGUUUACUACGCUAAAUUCCCACCAGACAUUUAUAGGAGGAAGGUGUUGUUGAUGUACCCAAUACUAAGUACUGGAAAUACAGUUAUUGAAGCUGUAAAAGUUCUUAUCGAACAUGGAGUCCAGCCUGCUUGUAUCAUACUGCUCAGUCUCUUCUCUACUCCACAUGGUGCCAUCUCCAUAAUCCAGGAGUUUCCAGACAUAACCAUUUUAACCACGGAGGUCCAUCCGGUUGCUCCCACACACUUUGGACAGAAGUAUUUUGGUACAGACUGACCAUGUGGAUCCCCCUGUGCGAGGGGAGACUUGACUGACUAUUGCCUCAAGGUCUUGCAGUGUCCUGGCUAAUCUUCAGUGCCUUGCCAACUGCUGCUUGGAGGGGGCACUAACUUAUGCAAUCUUUUUACUGUACAUGAUUUUCCAAGCUUUAUAUUCAAACUAACUGCUAGGCCAUCAUCCACAGAACCUGAAUGGUAUUUUUACUUGAUGUUCAUUGCUUACACACCUUCCCGAGUGUUCAAUGCACAUUCCAUUCAAAAGCCGCUUCUACCCAUGCGCUGAGGAGUUCAAGGGCAUCAGAUACUAUUUAUUUAUUUGUAUUAACGGAAACUGAACAAUAAAUUUGUGGAU